AUGCGCACAGUAAAACAUCAGAUGUCCUCAUAUUCAACCACCAACACAAAGUGUCACCAUCAGCUUUAUAUUUACGAUCCGCACUAUAGUAACCUUUGGAUUUACUACAACUUGAGUUUUUAUUAUAUAUCAUCUCAGUGGAGAAGCUGGAGUGACAGCAAACAAGACUGUGAACAGAGAGGAGCAAAUCUGAUCAUUAUAAACAACCAAGAGGAACAAGAGUUUGUGCUGAAGGCUACAGCUGGUCAACUCAUCUGGAUUGGUUUGAGUAAAGAGGGAGAGGUGUGGAAAUGGGAUGAUGGCACCACACUGACAUUAAGUUUCUGGAUGAAUGGAUACCCCAAAUCUGACAAUCAGUACUGUGCUGUAAUAUCUUCAUCAGGGUGGGCUGAUUAUUCAUGUGGUUAUACUAAUAGAUGGAUCUGUGAAAAGAGAAUCUUACAGUGAGAUAAACUCAUGAAGUAAUACACCAGCACCAGUGUGUUUAGUAAUUGUGUUUACUAUUUUUUUUGUUAUACAAUACUUUAUUUUAAAGUACUAUGCUGUAAAUCCCUAAUUUAUAUAUUCAUAUAAAAAAAAUAUUUCUAUCUUUAUAUCAUUGUCUAGCAUUGUAGGUGUAAAAUAUAAAAUUAUAAUCUUGAUAUGUAAAUGAUUAUAUAGCCUGUUUGUUUACGUAGGUUUUACAAGCAGGUAAUGGUGUGUGUGUGUUGUCAAAUAUUUUUCUUAUAAGAGCAGACACCUUUAGUAUAUACCUCCAGAUAGAGAAUAAAAUCAGUAGACCUGACAUAAGAUUAUGUAGAAUGUAAUGUUAAAUACAAUUUUUGCAGAAGAAUAAAUAAAUAGAGAUAAGAAAUCAGAUCCAAAACAAAUUUGUUCCUGUAAUCUUGAGUCAGAGGGCCCUAUCAUACACCCGGCGUAAUGCAGAGCAAAGCACAACGCAAGUGUUUUUUGCUCGUUUCAGCCCAACGCAGUUAACAUUUUCAUGUCCAAUAUUGUUUUUGUUAUUUAAAGAGCGCAUUAGUAUCCUAUAUGCGCCUAUAAACAGGACACGUGUUUGCUUUUUACACACAUGGAUGCGAAGCAGCACACAAAUGUUUUAAAAUAUGAAAAAUUAAAAGAUUAUUAAAAUGUAAAAUAUUAUUAUUGAGUCUCUUGAACAUAAUUUUUUUUUUUGCUUUUAAAAAGUGCUAUUAUGUAAUAUUGCAUUUAUUUUGACUUUUUAAAAUGCUACCCCACUGAUUUAUUGUAUCUGAAGACUUUGUACCUUUGGAUAUGGUGAGAUGAGAAAAAUGUUUAAGUAAUAUUUUUCAAAACACUCACGGCGCUCUUCCAGGUGCUGAACCGUUUGGACUCUCCACAUAUUUGUAAAUGUUUUAUCUCCUGUUUGUUACAAAUCAAGUAUUUUUACCAAACCUUUUUUUUUU